ACCCGGCCGCCAGGCAUCACAAAUCGAGCGCCGAACAAAAGUGCCCGCCGCCGCCAUGUCGCGUUCCCUCGGCUCCCUCCCGCCCGAACCGGCAGCGGAGACUGUGGCCUCCCGGCUGCGGGCCGUGGCGCAGUUUCUCAGGCGGGCGCUGCCUCUGUGCCAGGCCCACACGGUGGAGUUUUACACGCGGGGGCUGUGGGAGCAGCUGGUGGCUCUCUCCCCCGAGACGGUGCUGGAGGCGUUGAGCGGGGCCGGACUCCUGCGGCAGCAGCAGCGCCCCCUGGAGGAGGCCGCCAGCACCGCCAGGCCCGGGCUAUGGGAUAACUGCAAGUUUUCCAAUGUGUUCUGUGAAAAUUCUCAGAAGCUGGUCAACGUGCAGUUCUUUGCUCUCGCUGCUAAAUACCAUUCCUUGCCAAGCCUUGAAGUGUGUACCCCAUUAGAUCAGAUGCUUGGAGCACUGAAUGGAAAGCAACACGAGAGAUGUGAAAUCAAAACAGAAAAGUUUAUGAAUGAUAAGAAAUCUCAUGAAGUGGAGAUGAUGUCAAAAUUGAUAGAUAGCAUUGCAAAUUUUUGCGGUAUAAAGCAGGUGAUUGACCUUGGCUCUGGAAAAGGCUACCUAAGCUCCUUUUUAUCCAUGCAAUAUAAUCUAAAGGUUUAUGGAAUUGAUUCCUCAAACACCAACACUUAUGGAGCUAAUGAAAGGAACAGGAAAUUGAAGAAACAUUGGAGAGCUUAUCAAAGUCGGGCAAAAGCAAAUGUCAGAGGCCAAGUGUUGGAAGAGCCAAAGGAUAGGGCAGUGCAAGAUGAAAUGAAAUGUAGAGCAAAUAUCAAUGAAAAGCUUUUAAGUACUAACAACAGUCUUUUAAGUCAGGACCAGAUGGCUAGCUCAGAUUCAGUUCCUUUGGAAAUUACUGGUGCUUUCAUAGACUCUGCUAUGUUGAAAACCAGCAAACAAACUGAAACUCAUUUGGUGGCUCAGACACAGUCUGAUGGGAACAAAAUUUCUGAAAAUGCUUUUUCUCUUCUAAACAUUCUACCUGCUGAUGCUGUAGAAGCUGUUUCUUCAUCUAAAUAUAACUUGAAGCUCUGUGAAGAGGAAAAAGAGCAAAGAAAAAUGGCUUCCAUCAAGGCCAAAGCAAGCAAGUCAAAUGACUCAAACAUUUAUUUGCCAUUGACCUCAUACAUCACUGCAGAAACAGAACUCCGUGAUAUCAUUACAGAUCUGGAGGACUGUAUAAUGGUGGGACUACAUACAUGUGGGGAUCUUGCUCCGAAUACACUGCGAAUCUUUACUGCUAAACCUGAAAUCAAGGCAGUUUGCAGUGUGGGCUGCUGCUACCAUCUGUUGACAGAAGAGUUUGAAAACCAAAAAGAUUGCUCUCUGGGAUUGUGGGGAUUUCCCAUGUGCCGGUAUUUAAAGGAAGAGGGCUGGUGCUGUGGUCGCAAUGCCAGAAUGUCAGCGUGCUUAGCUUUGGAACGAGUUGCGGUCAGCCAAGUGCUGCCUACAGAAUCAUUGUUUUAUCGAGCUGUUCUACAGGUUAUUAUAGAGGAAUGUUACGGUGUCAUCAAAAGUGAUCGGCAUGUUGGUAAAAUUUUCUCCAAGUCUUCCUCUUUCGUGGAUUAUGUCAGAAAGUCUCUGAAGAAGCUUGAACUAGAUGAGUCAAAGCUUCCCACAUAGACCUAAACUUCUGCUCUGAAUUGUGCUACCAUACUGCUCUCAAUAUUGUGCUCUCCACAGCUGUAGAAGACCAGAGGAGUAGAUCCAGUUCUGUCUGUACUUUAAUUCAUUAUAUAACCAGAUUAUGUUUGUGUAAAAAGUUCGAACAAUGGAGGGAAACAAUAAAAAGAUCUAAAGAGGAUAUUAAAUAACGCACAAAGUAUACAGUUUUAGAUUAAAUCUAUGUUAUAUUACAUUUACAAACUUAUAUUUAAGCAAAUCUGUGCAUGGAAAACAAGUAUAUAUAUAUAUAUGUUUCUGAUUCUAUAAGGACCAUCUGUUAAUCUUCAAAACUGUGUAAACAAGUGAAGUGUUUAGCUAAUCUAGUAUGCUUCUGGAUUGAUUCUCAGUCCUAAGAAAUUACUGUGAGAGAUGUGGAGUAAGAGAGAACAUUUUCGUAUUAAUCAUUAUCAUUCCAAAGCAGGAAGAGAGCUACAUAUGAGAGAUUUAUAUGUGGCUAGAGUCCAAGUAGAAGAUGAUCAAAAAUGGCAAAUCCCUAGAAGUCACUUCUAAAAGAGGACCAUGAAUAUUUUAUCAUUUUCUCACAUUAGUAAUGUCAUCUGUAUGGCUAUAUAGUGUGGAAUCUGCUAAAAAAAAUUCAUUAUAAAUUCCUGCUUUUAUGUGAUGUACAGUUUAGGAUAAAAAGGUGCUCCAGAUUGGUCUGUAAAGUUUCUAAAUGGUUGUUUGUGCCUUGAAUGUUGUUACAUCAGAUCCAUUUCAUGCUUUGGUGGACAGUCAAGCCUCCCACUUCCCUGGGGCUAAAAAAUAACCCCAGUGGAGGCACUACAUUUGCUUAACUUUUUGUGCAGUUCUGAUAGAAUGAUGGAUAGGACCUGGGGAAAAGACAGUAGUGGAGCGAGGGAGGGUGUGGAGGAGUGAGGAUGGUAUUUUUCUCAAAGAUAUUUUCUUUGCCCUUGCACGUUUACUGGUUCUACUCACAUUCACAUAAGUACACACAAUUUUGUAAGAAGAAAGCACCGGCAGUCAGGUAGAAAGAGGAGAGGAAGCCCUUAUCUGGCAGAAGAUUUCUUACUUUCUAAUUCACCAAAUACCCUUUGUCACCUGUGAUCAUAUGAGGGAGCCCUUCUUACUUUCACAUUUAUGCAGAACAUAGAUACCUUGGGUGAUUGAUGCAGGGGGUCAUACCAACUCCUUCCUCCAGAAGAGUGUCUCUUUUUCUCUCUUUCCAGUUUUGCUACCACUGUCUAGUAGAAAAUAUUCCAGUUCCCUCUGCAGCCUCAGCGGGAAGCAGGGUAGGGAGUAGGGCUACUUGAAAAAGGGAAGGAAUACAGCUCAUUCGCAGGUGCUUUGCUACUCCUGAGAAUGCAUGGAUAUGGAUUUUUUGCCUACCAAACUGACCUUCCACCUCAGUAGGUCAGUCAAAGAUACAAGUGUUACUCCUGGGGGAAUUCUGUGCCAAAGAAUUAAA